AUGGGAACAAUCAUGGCCGGGUGCAUUUUCGUGCCUGGCCAACCUGGCCAUGGUGACCGAGAUAUGGAGCGAUUACUCUCCGCUGCAAAGCCCUCAGUCAUCCUAACUCAGCGGGUGCACGCUGAUGCUCUCCUGCGAGCUGCAAAAACAAACUCCCCCCUGGCUCUAGCUCAACACUCUAUCUUCAUCUUUGACGACGAUAUUCUCGAUUCUACUGGUGAACCUUACUUGGGAUUCCCCCACUGGCAGGACAUGGUGGGAUCUCCCGCCGAGAAUAACUGGGAAUAUCCCGAUAUCCAAUCUUCCCAAGAUUACCACAGCACAAUCGUCAUAAUGUUCACCUCGGGUACCACUGGAAAUCCGAAAGGAGUGGAAAUUUCGCACUGCAACUACAUCUCGGCUGCCAUCAGUUAUAUGCAGCGAGUUUCCCUCCAUCCUGACUGGCAGAAGUCCGCCCAAAAUACCAACGAUGCCUCUCCAAUCCGUGUCUUAGGCACACUUGGAAUGCACCAUAUCCUUGGCCAACGUUCCUAUAGCGUCAUAUUUCCAAAGCUCGGUGUUCCGCUAUAUUUGUUGCGUCUGCCAAGUUCGCAAAACAUAUUAGAUGCCGUGGAGAGGUUCAACAUCACUGAUGCGAUCGUUAGAAGCUCAAUGCUUACUGAAAUUGCAAAGACUCCUCAUCGGAAGAGCCUCAUGAGCAGAUUGAGCUCUCUGAAAAGGGUGGAAGGGUGCGCCGCGCCAAUGCCGCAAUCAACCAAAACAAUUCUAGAGGCCCUAGGAAUCGACCGUGUCAGUCGAGUAUGGGGUUUGACUGAGCUCGGGUUGAUUACCGGACAUGAUAUGAACACUUCCUCAACACCCCAAUCCGUGGGAGAACUACAUGCAAAUUAUGAGGGCAAGGUGACCAACAGCAGUAAUCCCAGCCAGACUGUUGAUCGAAGUACGAUUGGAGAUAUCUGGAUCCGUGCCCCAAGCCGUAGCGUUGGGUAUUAUCAGAAUGCAGAAGCCACUCUUGACGCACAUGGAGUUGAUGGGUGGUUCUCAACUGGGGAUGUGGGAUAUGUUGAUGAGAGAGGACAGUGGUAUAUCGUGGAUCGCAAAAAGGAUCUAAUUAAAGUGAAUGGCAACCAUGUCGCGCCAACGGAACUAGAAGACGUUCUGCUCCAGCAUCCCGACAUUGCCGGUGUCGGGAUUAUAGGGGUCGCUGUUAACCAAGACGAAGGGCCUCGAGCCUAUAUUCAGACCGCUGACCACUCCUCCCUGUCCUCUACUGAAAUCCACCGGUUCAUGGUAGACAAAGUAGCCCCGUAUAAGUAUCUCUCGGGGGGGGUUUCGUUCAUCCCUAGAAUUCCCCGUAAUUCAAAUGGUAAGAUACUUCGUGCAGAACUGCGAGAGUUGGCUAAAAAGGAACUUGGAGGUUUCAAGGGUCAUUAUCAUGGAGUUUUCGCCUAUUCUGCGGAAGAUUCUCAUUGA